AAUCAACCUACUCAACACUAUAUAACAGUGUCACAUAUAAAUGAAGCACAAUGGAAGAUUCAGAGAAGCGUUUGAGGCAAAAAUAUUAGUGAGGAAAGGCCACGCACUAUCACCGAUGAUAUUCCUGAGCGUGGUGGACUGGACCAUGCAACAGACCGUGGGGAACAAGAAGAUAGGAACACGUUGGACCGACGAGAAGAAAAUUGUUGGUCUGGACUUUUCAGAUGAUUCAUGUUUAAUGUCCUACAAACUCGAAGGUCUAUAUGAGAAAACCAACAAAUUGGCAGAAGUAGCGAAGACGGGACUUCAAGUGAACAAAGGAGGAAGAGAGGUGGUGAAGACAACCAACCUACAACCAUAAUCACUAUCAACGGAAAGAUUUUCAAUGAGGUAGGUUCUCCCACUUAUUU